GGAGAGGGAGGGGAAUGAGGCGAUGAUGUAAUGGAGGGCUCGCGCAGGCGCAGUGCGGGGCAGCAGCCGCGAUGGAGUCGUACGAUGUGAUAGCGAACCAGCCGGUGGUCAUCGACAAUGGCUCCGGUGUAGUCAAAGCUGGUUUUGCAGGUGAUCAGAUACCAAAGUACUGCUUCCCUAACUAUGUGGGAAGACCCAAACAUGUCCGUGUUAUGGCUGGUGCACUGGAAGGAGAUAUUUUCAUAGGCCCAAAAGCUGAGGAGCACAGGGGUCUAUUAACAAUAAGAUAUCCAAUGGAACAUGGAAUUGUAAAAGACUGGAACGAUAUGGAGCGGAUUUGGCAGUACGUGUAUUCCAAAGACCAACUCCAGACUUUCUCUGAAGAGCAUCCAGUACUGCUCACAGAGGCUCCACUCAACCCGAGGAAAAACCGUGAACGUGCGGCUGAGGUUUUCUUCGAGACCUUCAAUGUCCCUGCUUUGUUCAUCUCGAUGCAGGCAGUACUUAGUCUGUAUGCCACAGGAAGGACCACAGGGGUGGUGUUAGAUUCAGGCGAUGGAGUCACUCACGCGGUUCCGAUCUAUGAAGGAUUUGCCAUGCCGCAUUCCAUCAUGCGGAUUGACAUUGCCGGGCGGGACGUUUCCCGCUAUUUACGCCUCUUCCUCAGGAAGGAAGGAUACGAUUUUCACACCUCGUCAGAAUUCGAGAUCGUAAAAACAAUCAAAGAGCGAGCCUGUUACCUGUCAAUAAAUCCACAGAAAGAUGAAACUCUGGAGACUGAGAAAGUACAAUACAUCCUGCCUGAUGGAAGCACGAUUGAAAUCGGCCCUGCCCGCUUCCGUGCUCCAGAGUUGCUGUUUCGACCUGAUCUUGUUGGUGAAGAAUGCGAAGGAAUUCACGAAGUCCUGGUCUUCGCGAUCCAGAAGUCAGACAUGGAUCUGAGGCGAACCCUUUUCUCGAACAUUGUGCUCUCCGGGGGAUCAACGCUAUUCAAAGGGUUUGGUGACAGACUGCUGAGCGAAGUGAAGAAGUUAGCACCAAAGGAUGUUAAAAUAAAGAUCUCUGCUCCUCAGGAGAGGUUAUAUUCCACAUGGAUAGGUGGCUCCAUUCUGGCUUCGCUCGACACAUUUAAGAAAAUGUGGGUCUCCAAGAAGGAAUACGAGGAGGAUGGAGCCAGAGCGAUCCACAGGAAGACAUUCUAAAGCACUCGGCAGAGUUAGUCCGUACACAAACUCACUCUGAUAUAAACCUUGCUUGCCUGGUUAUGCCUCUGAAGAUGAUUGUGUGUGUGUGUGUACAUGUGCACAGAGCAGGACACACAGACUGGAUAUAGGUGCACAUGGUCAACAUGAGAGAUGUUUUGUUCAUUCCUUUUGCUUUAUUUCUCCCCCUUCCCCCAACCCCAUUAUAUUGUCAUGCACUAUAUAACAUUGUGUAUGUAGUAGGAGACCAGCUGUACACACUAAUAUAUACCAAAUGCAUUUGGUAAGUUUUGUUGUCUGAUCUCUUAAGAGGCCUGAUUAAGUAGCAAAGAGGGUGGGUGUGGAGGUAGCUCCUGGGUCAAUUUGAUUCAAUGUGGGUGUCAGAGUGUGAUUUUUCAAAGGCAAUUUUUUUCCCCAUUGUUUACAAUACUGGUGGGAGAUUAAUAACCUGUUAUGUGUAGGCAAAUUGCACGUCCUGAACUUUCUUUGUAAUGUAUAUCAGCAAAGCGAGUGUCUACUGCACUGCUUCUCGUCUGUCUUUUAGUAACACUAACAUGUACCAGGGACUUGCGUGCCUUCUGUACAAGUGUCUUUCCUCCCCUUUCCUGCCCACCACCACCCACAGGCUAAUAGGUGUUUGUGUUAUUUAGUCCAGUUCAAGGGAGAGAAAAGACCAAAAGAAGCUAUAGGAAAAGUAUUAGAAAACAAAUGGGACUUUGUGGAGAAGUCAUAAGUAAGGCAUGAAGUAAUUUUUAAAUUAUUUUUUAAAAAUUGUUCUUUGUAAGUGUUUUAAGGUAAGCCAUACAACAGACAGGUCAGAAAUCUAAGCUCAAACAUUGGUUGAUGUGCAAGAACAACACGUUUAUCGGUGGUAAUUUUUUUAUACACAGUAUAUAAAAUGUAAAACACAAAAGCUUAAACUUUGACAGCCAGUAAACGUCAGGUGGAUAAAUGCAAAAUGUCUGAGAGAAAUGGAAGAGGCUGUCUGUUUAUUCUCCAUUUGGAUUAUUAACUUGAAUUGGACUGUUUGCCACUCACUAUAGGGAGUGGGGGCCACGGGUAGAGAGAGAGAAUAUUGUAAUCUGAAUAAAUCAAGAACAAAAUUCAAACCUGUGGAAGUCUUUACUGUACAAACUCUCCAGAAUAAUUAGGAUGAAGAAAACGAGUUUUGGGAUUGGGAGAGUGAGCUGAAUGUUUGAAGCUGUUUGUACUGUAAUUUCAUCACUUGUAGUUGAACAAUGAUAAAGGCUGUUGUUUGGGCCAGUUUUUUUCCCAAGUGUUUUUGUGAAUAUCAACUAAUAAAGGGAACCUCUGUCCUACUGAUCAUGUGUACGUGGGAAACACCAUGUCACAGUACAGUGGGGACUAAUUAAUAGAUUUCUUAAGAAAUGAUCACAUUUCUAAAGCAUUAAUUGUGCUGAGGGACACAUUGAAUUUCUAAAACCAUAAGAAUGUGAAAAACACUCUGAUGUUUUACAAACCUCCGAAUUGCAAAUUUCUUAUUAAGAAAUACUGCAAAUUAGACCACAAGCCUUUCCUCUCUUUAUUUUGAUCUUUUGAUGAAUUAUUUGAAUAUUUUGCCUGAAUCUGUCUUAGGGUACGUGACCAAAUGAACUUAGACCAACCCUGGCAUUAGCUUGUCAUGGCUGCUGUAGAUCUAGGUCCCUGUAUGAUGGUGAAGGGUUUGAAUGGAUGGUCGAUUCAGACUUGUAGCUUUUACUACAUUUAUCAUCUGAUGUAUUACCAAGCAGAAGUAUUGCAAACCGUGCUGCCAGAUGAUGCCACUGUACUUGAAAACCUUAAAAUAAAACCGUUCAAAAGUG